AUGAUCAACCAUCACGUCAGCGGCUACGCAGUAAACAGGCUGAGGGAGGAAAUUCAGCUUAGGAUUCCUGUGGAGCAGCGAGAUCAACAAGAAGUGGAGGAGCAGGUCGCAAGGUCGGUGGACAUGGACGUUGGUAUCAUUCAGGAUGAUGGGCAUGAUAUUGGCGACCCCAUGGAUGUGGACGGGCCUCCUGUGGAGACUGCCAACGAGGGGAGGGGGAAUGACCCUGUCCGACGAGGUGAGAAGAGACAACAUGAAAAUGCUCCAGGAGGAUGUGAAGAGUCUCCAAACAAGAUUGCCGCCCUCGACGAAAGGGCAACGCUAAAAUAA